GCAAUUAUCUUGUCUCGCAUUCUUCCCCUCCAUGUUCCGGUGCUGUUGAAAUAGCCAUGGCCACCCACCCAACCCUCCACUGAACGAUUUCUGCUUUCAUACAGUUAUAUCCCCCUCCCUCUUCCCUUAAUCCUCUCUGUGUCUCUUCAGCGAACGGCCUCGAAGACCAACACGAUCACCUCCUACAAUAAUGGCAUCAUACAACGGAUCAAAGUCAAAGGCCCCAGACUUUCCCAUGUACGAACCGGUCGAGAUCACCGCAUCGUCGUCGAAUGGUCACCCCAAUGGCAGCCGCAAUACCGCCGUGACCAGAAUCAGCCCUCCAGUAGCAAAGCCCUCCCAGAAAGAGGUCGAGGCAACAUUUACCAAGUUUGCGUCCCUCAUCCGUGCAUCGAAUCGGCCCUUACCCCAUCGCUACGGCAAUGGGAAGGGUGAAACCGAGGAUGAGGAGGAAGUCAAGACGGGUAUCAGAGCAGACGUUGCCGCACUGCGGAAAGGAGGCUUCCUGAAGGAGUCACUCGAGACUCUGUGGAUCUUCGCCAAUGGCCGACGGAAGGGUGGUCCCGUUGACGACAAGACGAUGAUCAUGGAACGUAUGAUCCAAUUGACCUGCCGACUACCCACGACCAGUAAGUUGAGGGUCAAGCUUACCACACACCAAGUCGACGGCCUGUGGGACGCACUGCAACAUCCUCCUCUCUCGUACUGCGGUGCCCAGUACAUGUACCGUCAAGCGGACGGAAGCAUGAACAACAUCCUGGACCCCAAUCUCGGCCGCGCAGGUUCAGCGUAUGCCCGCUCGGUGAAGCCCAUGACGAGGAUGCCUGGUGCACCCCCGGAUGCCGCCACUGUCUUUGAUGCCCUCUACAGCCGAGGAAAGAACGGAGAGAAUUACCGCCCGAGCACCAACAAUGUUAGCAGUAUGCUCUUCUACAUCGCAAGUAUCAUCAUUCACGAUCUCUUCCGUACGAACCGCUUGGAUCCCACCAUUUCGGAUACAUCAUCGUACCUGGAUCUGUCCCCUCUGUAUGGUAUCGACCAAGAACAGCAAAACACGGUGCGAACAUUCAAGGAUGGUAGGCUCAAGAACGACGUCUUCGCUGAGAAGCGUCUGUUGGCGUUCCCACCCGGAGUGUCGGUUAUGCUCCUGAUGUUUGCGCGAUUCCACAACCACGUCGCGACACAAUUGAAGGAGAUCAACGAGGGUGGUCGAUUCGACCUCAAGAAUGACCGCAGGUGGCACAAAGACGACGAGGAGACCAAGAAGGCCAAGGCUCUGGUUCAGCAAGACGAGGAUCUCUUCCAGGUCUCCCGACUGGUGACGUGUGGUCUUUACAUCAACUUCAUCCUCAACGACUACCUCCGCACAAUCGUCAACCUCAACCGCGUGGACACCACAUGGACCCUGGAUCCUCGGUUCGACCCAUCCAAGCAGUACAACCCUGACGGCACCCCAGCGGGUGUCGGUAACAUGGUGUCCGUCGAGUUCAACCUGGUGUACCGAUGGCAUUCGUGCAUUUCGAAGCGCGACGACGAAUGGACACAGAAGUUCUACAAGAACUUGUUCCCCGGAAAGGACACCGAGAAGUUGACGUUGCAAGAGUUCAUGAUCGGUGUACACAUCUGGGAGCACUCGAUUCCCGCUGACCCGGCGGAGCGGACGAUCGAGAACUUCGAGAGGCUGCCUGAUGGUCAUUUCAAGGACGAAGAUCUCGUCGGUCUUCUGACCGAGAGCAUUGAGGACCCUGCUGGCGCAUUCGGUGCCCGCAACGUCCCCCACGUCCUCCGCCUGGUGGAGGUUCUCGGUAUCGAGCAGACCCGUAAAUGGAAGGUGGCAUCGUUGAACGAGUUCCGUGAGUUCUUCGGCCUGAAGAAGCACAAGACCUUCGAGGAAAUCAACCCCGAUCCCAUUGUUGCCAACUCCCUCCGCCAACUCUACGAUCACCCCGAUUUCGUCGAGCUCUACCCCGGCAUCGUUGCCGAGGACGACAAGGCGCCGAUGGUUCCCGGUGUCGGUAUCGGUCCCACCUACACCGUGUCCCGCGCCAUCCUUUCCGAUGCUGUGACGUUGGUGCGUGCCGACCGUUUCUACACCGUCGACUACACCGCCGCUGCACUCACCAACUGGGGUAUCGAGGAGGCCUCUUCCAAUCCCAAUGUCGUUCACGGCUGCGUCGGCUACAAGCUGAUCCUGAAGGCGUUCCCCAACCACUUCAAAUUCAACAGUAUCUACGCCAUGCACCCUCUCACCAUACCCCUUGAAAACCGUAGGAUCCACACCGCCCUGGGCACUGUGGAUCAGUUCGACUUCGAGCGACCAAAGUUCAUCAAGCCUCGUGUACCCGUUGGAUCUUACACGGCCGUCAAGCAGAUCCUCAACGACGACACCAACUUCAAGAUCACCUGGGGUGCCGGCUUCGACUACAUCAUGGAAGCCCCAUUCAUGCUUUCCGGCGACGGAGGCCACUACGCCACCAUGAGGAAGUUCGUCGGUGACCGGUUGUACCUCCAAGGUGUGGACUGGAAGGCGCAGAUCCGCACCUUCUACAAGGACCUCACCAAGAAGCUCAUCCGCAAGAAGGCGUACCAGAUCCAAGGAGCCGAGUGCUACCAGGUCGACGCCGUACGCGACAUUGGAAACAUGGCGCAGACGAUAUUCGCCGCCACCAUCUUCAACCUUCCGCUCAAGACUGAGGACCACCCCAAGGGUAUCUACACCGAGCAGCAGUUGUACAUGGUUCUGUGCGCGAUGUUUAUCGCCAUCUUCUUCGAUAUCGACACCUCCAAGUCCUUCCCCAUGCGACACGUGGCCAAAGCCGUCACGCGCCAACUCGGUGCGGUCGUGGAGACCCAAGUGAAGGCGAUGAAGACCUGGGGCUGGCUGCAGGGCACCUUCGACCCGCUCAACAUCCAGGGUCGUAACAAGUCGGCCCUUCACGACUACGGCCACCACAUGAUCAAGCGCCUCCUGGAAUCCGGCGACUCUCCCUACGACGUGACCUGGAAGUACAUUAUUCCCACCGCCGGUGCCUCGGCACCCAACCAAGCGCAAAUCUUCGCCCAGGUCCUGGACUUCUACCUGGAGCCCGAGAACGCCCACCAUCUCGCCGAUAUCCAGCGUCUCGCAGCCGAGGAUACCGACGAGGCAUGGGAGAUCAUCAAGAAGUAUGCACUUGAGGGCGGCCGUCUCGCGGGUACAUUCGGGCUCUACCGGCGCGUAGACACCGACUCGAUCACGCUCAGUGACGGAGCGCGCCAAGUGCCCCUCGUCAAGAACGACCUGGUGUUCGUCUCAUUCAUAUCCGCGUCGCGCGACCCGGUAGUCUUCCCGGACCCGCUGCAGGUCAAGCUCGACCGCCCCGAUGCCAGCUACAUGCAGUACGGCGACGGCCCGCACGAGUGUCUCGGCAAGCACGCGAACAUCGUCGGCUUGACCACCAUGCUGAUGGAGUUUGGAAAACUCAAGGGUCUCCGAAGAGCCCCUGGCCCCCAGGGACACAUGAAGACUAUCCCUAAGCCUGGCGGCUUCAAGGUCUACAUGACCGAGGACUGGAGCAGCUUUUGGCCGUUCCCUACGUGCAUGAAGGUCAGGUUCGAUGAUAUCAUUUAGGCGGCAAGGCAUGGGAUGGGUGUCGCGUUUCCUUCUGGUUGUUUAGUUGUUUAGUCCGGGCUUUGUAUUAUGGAUGCGAUGCUUUUGUUUCUGUUUUGGGA